GUGACACUUAAUUCCCAUUAAGAAGAGAUGAAAUAUUUAAUCAUCACUAAGUCCACUUUUACAAAAAUACAUUUACCAUUAAUGGAAGUGUCACCCUAGGGUUUUAGGGUAUGCUAGGGUUUUAUGGUAUCCUAAUGAGUACCUUAGUACCCUUGGGUACCCUAAAAUCUUAGGGUACCCUAGGGCUUUAGGGUACCUUAAGAUUUUAGGUUUUAGGAUAUCCUAAGGUUUAAGGUACCCUAGGGUUUAGGUUUAGGCACUUUCAUAGAGCCCUAGGGUUUAGGUUUAGACACUUUCAUAGGAGUUUUCGGGUGCACUUUCUUAUUAUACGGUUUUAGCAGUUUAGGCACUUUCAUAGCGUACCAUAGGGGUUUAGACAUUUUUAUAGGGGAUCCUGAGUUUUAGGCACUUUCAUAGGGUGCCCUAGGGGUUAGGCACUUUCAGUAUUUAGGAUUUUGGGCACUUUCAUAGAGUUUUAAUGUUUCUUUAAUUAAUGGAGACUUGGUGAGAAUUACUUUUUAUUUUCUGGACCUAAAGCUAAAUUGCCCCAAAAUUUACAGGUUUACAUCUAUUAAUACAUACUUUUUUUUUUUUUUUAUCUUGAUAGUUUAAUACUACGAAUUUUCAUGAAAAUAUAAAGGAAAAGGAAAAAUAGAAAAUCGUACGAAAACGAAAGCUGAAAACAUCACAAUUAAGCAGGAAAAAGAACUUAAAGAACGAUAGGAAACUGAAUUAGGAACCUCUGGAAGGAACUUUUGCAGAAGGAUGAUAUUAUUCAUGCUUUGUCACUUUUUUCCUUUUUCCUAGCAUUCUAUCGCAGAACCGAUCUUGAAGAUACUCAGAGACGUUGGUUAGAUUUUGAGCAAUGUUAGGAAUAAAAUUUUAAAACACCACGUUGGACGUAUUUGCGUCCAAAGUCGUUUGAUGCACGUGGCUCUACAUACAAUAUCGAACGGCUUCGAACACAGUUGUGUUCGGAAGUUUUGCUCCUGGAUUUUCUCUUAGCUUUAUUUUUCCAUCCCUCCAUAAAUCUCUUCCCUAAUUGAAUAUACCCAGACACGUUUUUCUUUUAAGGAUUUCAUCCUCAAUGAAAAAUACCCAAAUAGCCUGUCAUGUAUGUGAACUUCGACAUGUACGUGAAUGUUGUGUAAGCAUUACGUAAACAGUGUCGCUAUAAAAUGGAUGCUAAUUAAAUUCAAAGUAUAUAUGAGAUGACAUGAGCUGUGUUGCAUGACCCUUUUUGAGACCAUAUCCCUUUUCUUCUUCCGAGUGAUCAGAACAGAAUCAAAUCUCUUCCUCUCUUUGGACAAAAUUCAGGGCAGAGAUAUGGGUGUCAGGACCAACUCCUAUUUCAUCUUUUCACUUCUCUUCCUGUUCUUCACUUUCAACCUCCCCAUCUCCCUUGGAUCCGACACCAUUUCUGGAAACCAGUCUCUCUCCGGGGACCAAACCCUUGUCUCAGCAAAUGGAACCUUCAAAUUGGGUUUCUACAACCAACCUGGUAACUCCUCCAACUACUACAUAUGUAUUGUGUACAAUAAAGUUUCUCUUCGGACUAUAGCUUGGAUGGCAAAUAGGGAUAAACCCAUCUCAGAUAAGAACUCAGCAGUGUUAAAAAUCAUGGAUGGCAAUCUAGUUCUUCUCAAUGAGUCACAGAUACCCAUUUGGUCCACAAAUCAGAACUCCGCCGCUUCAAGUUCUGUGGUGGCUGUCCUGGGGGAUGAUGGUAAUUUGGUUGUCAAAGAUGGGUUUAAUUCAACCCAACCCAUUUGGCAGAGUUUUGAUUUUCCUACUGAUACUUGGUUGCCUGGGGGUAAAAUUGCAUAUAAUAGGAGAACUAGGAUUCACCAGAAUCUAACUUCUUGGAAAAAUUCGGAAGACCCAUCUCAAGGUCUGUUUUCUUUGAGUUUAAUAGCAGAUACCAAGGAGUAUGUGAUAUCGUGGAAUGGGUCUGAGAGGUAUUGGACCAGUGGCUCUUGGAAUGGGCAGAUUUUCAGUUUGGUCCCAGAGAUGAGCCUCAAUUAUAUUCACAAUUUCACCUAUGUUGAUAAUGAGAAUGAGAGUUAUUUUACAUAUUCGAUGUAUAAUAAGACGAUUAUAUCACGAUUUGUUAUGGAUGUUUCGGGGCGAAUCACGCAACUGACUUGGUUGGAAACCACCGGGCAAUGGAACUUGUUUUGGUCUCAGCCAAAGCAGCAGUGCGAGGUUUACGCGUUUUGUGGGGCAUUUGGGACUUGCAAUCAGAUUACACAACCCUUCUGUAAUUGUUUGAAAGGGUUUAGUCCGGUUGGUGAUUGGAAUUUGAGUGAUUAUUCGGGUGGGUGUGCGAGGACAAAUAAGUUGCAGUGUGGGAAUACAAGUUUUGCUAAUCAGGAGUCGAUGGAUAAGUUUUAUGAGUAUCCCAACAUGGGAUUGCCUGAUAAUUCACUAUCUGUUGCUUCUAGUAGCGCUGCCGGAUGUGCAUCUUCCUGCUUGAAUAACUGCUCUUGCACUGCUUAUUCCUAUUAUAGUAACAGGUGUUCGAAUUGGAUUGGGGAACUUGUUAAUCUGCAACUCUCACCAAAUGAUGGUACUGGAAGAACUCUUUAUCUCAGACUUGCUGCUUCUGAGUUUUUGAAGGGUAAAGAAAACAAAGAGAUCAUUAUUGGUGCUGUUGCGGGUUCAGUUGUUGUAGUACUACUUUUAGGCCUAGUGUUUAUUCUAAUCUGGAAGCGGCAGAGGAGGUUUGUUGGACAAACAAAAAUGGAGGGCUCAUUGGUUGCGUUCGGAUACAGAGAUUUGCGAAUUGCUACGAAAAAUUUCUCAGAGAAACUGGGGGGAGGAGGUUUCGGUUCUGUGUUCAAAGGGACAUUGCCCAAUUCAACUACUAUCGCGGUGAAGAAGCUGGAAAGCAUAAGCCAGGGAGAGAAGCAGUUCCGAAUGGAGGUUAGCACGAUCGGAACCAUUCAACACGUCAACCUUGUUCGGCUUCGGGGGUUCUGCUCCGAUGGUAACCAGAAGUUGUUGGUGUAUGAUUACAUGCCGAACGGGUCCUUGAAUUCCCAUCUUUUCCACGAAAGGGAGGGGCAAGUCUUGGACUGGAAAACGAGGUACGAGAUCGCUCUUGGAACGGCCAGAGGGUUGACUUAUCUCCACGAGAAGUGCAGGGACUGUAUUAUUCACUGUGAUAUAAAGCCGGAGAACAUUCUACUAGAUGGCGAGUUCUGCCCAAAAGUCGCGGAUUUUGGCCUAGCAAAGCUCAUUGGCCGAGAAUUCAGCAGGGUUCUGACGACCAUGAGAGGGACAAGAGGUUAUCUUGCACCGGAAUGGAUAUCAGGAGUUGCCAUAACAGCCAAAGCUGACGUUUACAGUUAUGGAAUGAUGCUUUUUGAAUUGGUAUCAGGAAGGAGGAAUUCGGAGCAAUCUGAUCAAGAUGGGAAGUUUAAGUUUUUCCCGACUUGGGCUGCAAGUGUUGUAGUAGAAGGGGGUGACCUGUUUAGCCUAUUAGACCAUAGAUUGGAAAAGAAAGCCGACGAGGAGGAGCUAAGGCGAAUAGCUAGAGUGGCUUGUUGGUGCAUCCAAGAUGAUGAGAACCACAGGCCAACAAUGGGUCAGGUGGUACAGAUACUUGAAGGGGUUCUAGAAGUGAACCCGCCUCGGGUUCCUCGGUCACUUCAAGCGUUUGUCGAGAACCACGAGCAUAUAGUUUUUUUCACCGAUUUGUCUUCUGGACAGAGUUCACAGCCACAGAGCGCUCAUUCAACUGCUUCCACUCGGGCCAGUAGCACUUCUUCCACAAUGAUUUCCAAGUCCUGAAGAUCACAUAUAAAGUAGUUCCUGCCGUUUUUUGUUGACUUGUUUUUGUAUGUAAUGCAAAGCCUUAAUCCAAAGGGCGAGGCCUCUUUUGUUACUCCCUCCAUUUCAAAAUA